CCCCAUUCAUUUCCUGAGAACUGCGAGAGCUCAGCAGCUGAGCGACAGAAGGGGAGGGAGCUGUGCACACACACACAGAGAGAGAGAGAGAGAGAGAGAGAGAGAGAGAGAGAGAGAGAGAGAGAGAGAGAGAGAGAGAGGGGGGGAGCGAGAGAUAGGACUGGAGAAGAGAACUGUUUCCUACGGCUCUGCAGCUUCUGACAAGACGGCCCGAGAACAGGAUGUUAAUGCUUGAUGGAAUGCCUGCAGUCCGAGUCAAAGCCGAGCCCCUGGAAUCGGAACAAGGGUCCCCCAAAGUACACCACUACCCCACGAUGGACGCUGUCCCCCUCCUCCUGAGCAAAGUGAAAUCUGAACCUCCUGAGGACCUGCUCUCCCAUGACCCCCAUUUCCAGACGCAGACCGAGCCUGUCGACCUGUCAAUCAACAAACCACGCCCCUCCCCCCCAUCAAUCACCUCCACUGCUUCUCCUGUCACUUCCGCUUUCUCUCCGUCCUCCAUUUCUUCUUUAUCAUCAUCAUCCUCCUCUCCGUCUGUCAUCACAUCUGCCUCAUCUGUGCUCACACCUGGGCCCCUGGUGGCCCCAGGAGCCGGUGUCCAGGGUCAUCAUCAUCAUCAUCAGCAGCAGUUUUUGCACAUCCUGCACCCUGUGCCUCCGCCACCCUCCAGCCCCUUGAACCUGGGAGGGGUACAGGGCAUAGGAGGAGGAGUAGGGGGAAAGAUGGAGGCCCACCACCUGCAUCGUAUCCCUGUAGUGGUACAGUCAUUGCCCCUCAUGUACACCACAGCCGUGCGCUCGCCCUCCAGCCUCCACAACAAUGCCAUCAUGCUACCUCUGCUGGACAAUCAUAAGAGCCACCAUAGCAAAGCAUACACAGACCACAACAGCUUGUCGCCGCGGCACAUCAAGAGUGACAGUGACGAUGAUGACCUGCCCAAUGUCACCCUGGACAGUGUGAUCGAGACCGGAUCUACCGCUCUGUCUAUAGCACGUGCCGUACAGGAUUCCAUGUCACCAUUCAGUAUUGAGAGCAUACGGCGCCCCCAGAGGUCAGAGUCGCCAGACUCCAAGAAGAGACGCAUCCACAGGUGUGACUUUGAGGGCUGCAAUAAGGUCUACACCAAGAGCUCCCAUCUAAAAGCACACCGGAGGACGCACACAGGUGAGAAGCCAUACAAAUGCACCUGGGAUGGCUGCACGUGGAAGUUCGCCCGCUCUGAUGAGCUGACUCGCCACUACCGGAAACACACAGGCAUCAAGCCCUUCAAGUGUGCAGACUGUGACCGCAGCUUCUCCCGUUCGGACCACCUGGCCCUGCACCGACGGAGACACAUGCUGGUGUGAGACAGUUUCAGGGUGAUGAUGUCAUCAGAUGAGGCAGAAACACACAUUUACACACACACACACACACACACAUCGCCGCAGGGGGGAGCGGGGUCUCUCCCUCAAUGUGGUUCAGCUGGACUGGACACACACUGUUGUCUGUCCGUGAGGCAGUGGGAAGAGAGGAGCGAAAAACACAGAAUGGUGUCUGUCUGUUCACAGAGCAAAAAAAAACAGGGUCGGUUCUGGAUCCUCACUGACUGAGGAGGGUUGGAACCGGAGAAGGCUCUUUUGUUGUCAUUUUGGAGUUUGGAGUUUUUACGACAAUCUGUCUUUUUUCCUAGCACUGUUCUUAAAUGGUUUCACUUCUGAGUUUUUUUGGAGGGAUGUUCUUCGUUCAUUUGGAAGGAAUUUGGUGUCUUUGUUUUGGUUAUAUUGUUCAAAAUGGCUGCUUUUCUAGCGUCUAUAAUGUGAAAGAACUCUAUGGAUUGGAUGGCUGGAUGAAUGGAUGGAAGGGCUGUAUGCAUGUGUUUUGAAGCAUAGGGCCUUAGAUUGGACAAUGGAAUAAAAAGACACAGAUUCCAAUUUGCCUAUGGAAAGUAUUGUUGCACAGUUCCCGCCGUAUAGCAGCUUCCUGCAUCUCUGUGUUUCAGGACAACCCGUCACCAGAGGGUGCCAUCCACACAUAGGUUGUAUCUAUAAAAACUAUUUUGAGUGUUCUAGAAUCAGUAUUGUAGAAUAAAUUCUAGUACCAGUGUUCUAGAUUAAGAAGCAUCCGGAGCAUCUCAAUGGACCAGUGAUAUAGAUGCAGAGUUGUUUUUGCUAUUUGUUUUGUUUUUCAUUCAAUGGAUCUUGUUAACACACGAGAUCGACCCAACCACAUUGAGGCUCAUCACCUUGAGCCUCUUCUGAACUUUUUCUUUAAAAAACUUUUUUGGUGCAUUUUGUGCAGUGAUUAGCAAUCAGUAAAGUGCAAUCUCAUUGGGUAAAUAUAGUUUUAAUAUGGAGACUUUUAUUGUUUUCAGUUUAUUGUAUCUUGCUGUGUAUGCCUGCUUUUGAUACAUUUCACAAAGAAACAUCAAUUCACACACCAAUGUACUAUGAAAAAUCUAAUGAACAUAUCCGGUAUGUGAAAACAACUUUGAAGCACCUUACAGAUUCACACAUAUGAUGAUUCCAUAAUAUUCAAGGAUUUUGUUUCAUAUCCCUGGCAUUUUCAGUGAAAGGGAUUGGCAUUGUGAUCAUUUGUGGGUUAGUAGUCUAUAGGUAAAGCAUAUUUGCUUCAGUUCAGAGGGCUUACCCGGCACUCGGUUACUCUAGUUCAAUUGGAAAGCAAUACAUUCAGAACAGGGAAAUGUUGUUCUUGUAUCCUUGCUCUGGUUGCUGAUACCCAAAAUGACCCUAAAUUCCUCUGCUACAGAUAUAUUUCUACCAGUGCCACUUCGUACUCUAUACUACAAAUUUCUAUAUUUCUACUGGGUUUGUAACUACAGCACAAAGGUUCUAGGCAAGCUCACUGUAAACAGUUUGGAAAAUGUCACAUUUAAGGAUCGGUGGUUGAGGAGGAACUGGUUUUAAUAAAUGUUUUCAUGAACAGACCUAUAUGUUAGUGAAACUUGGAACAAAAUCUCCCCUUCUCUUUUCUACAUACUGUAGUACACGGUGCACACAGACAGUUGGCCCUGUAGCUUUGUCUGGCGGUUUGCGAGAGAGCGGUGUCUUUUUUAGUCAUACAUACACCAAACAUGAUGUGAGGUCUUCAGAUCCAGCUUCAGGUCUACCUUUUCUUGCAAUUUGUCUUGCAUGUCCCUCAAUGACAGAUAUCCAUAAUACGGUUUCUACUGUCUCAUCUACCAUAUCUCAGAGUAAAGGGUUAUUCAACUCAGUAAAACCACAUUUUGAUCAGUCCCAUCAGUCAUGGAUCAAAAAGAGAUCUAUGGCAAUAUAGAGAUUUUUAUAUAGCCGUAGAUUUAUAGCUGUAGGCUGCCUUACAAAUGUAUUCAGACCCCUUGGAUUUCUUCAAAUUUAUUGUGUUACAACUUUGAAUUAAAAUGGAUUUAAUUGCUAUUUUUUUGUCAACCAUAUACAUACAAAACUCUAUAAUGUCAUUUUUUUUAUUAAUAAAAUAAAAUAUAGUCAUUGCAUAAAUUUUCAGCCCCUUUUGUUUAGGCAAGCCUAAAUUAGUUUAGGAGUAGAGUUUGGCUUAACAAAUCACACAAAUCACAAAUCACAUGGACUCACUCUAUAAUAAUAGGGUUUGGCAUGAUUUCUAAAGGACUAACCCUUCCUCUGUCCCCCAUACAACAUCUGUAAGGUCCCUCAGACAAGUAUUGUAUUUAAAGCACAUAGUCAACUACAAAGUCCAGGGAGAUUUUCGAAAGCCUCAUUUGUAGCUGGGUAAUAAUAUCAAAUCAGACAUGGACUAGCUCUUUAAGCAUGGUCUAGUUCAUAAUUAUGCUGUGCAUCAUCUAUUAAACCACCUAGGCACCUCAAAGAAAAAGUCAUUCUUCUGAACUGAGCUGCAGGACAGGAAUGAAACUACUCAGGUAUCUAACCAUCAUUGCGGAUUUUAAAACAGCUACGGAGUUUAAUAGCUGUGAUGGGAGAGAACUGAGGAUGGAUCAAAUCAAAUUGUAUUGGUCACAUACACAUAUUUAGCAGAUGAUCAACAACAUUGUAGUGACUCCAAAAUAAUGACCUAAAUGAUAGAGUGAAAAGAUUAACACAAAUAUACAAAAUAAUAUAAUACUGCAAAAAAAUACGGCAAAUGAAUACACUUUUUGGCCGAAAUGCAAAGCCCUAUUUUGGGGCAAAUCCAACACAAUCCUUAUUUUCAAGCUUGGUGGUGGCUGAAUCAUGGGAUAGGGCUAUAGAGAGAAAUGGGAUAGGGCUAUACACAGUCAAAAUCCUGGAGCAAAACCUUCUUCAGGUUCUGCUUUACACCAGACACUGGAAUUCACCUUUCAGCAGCACAAAAACCUACAAAACAAGGCCAAAUCUACACUGGAGUUGCUUACCAAGAAAACAGUGUUUGUUCCUAAGUGGCCAAGUUACAGUUUUGACUUUAAUCUGCUUGAAAUAGUAAGGCAUGACUUGAAAAUUGCUGACUAGCAUUUUGAACAUAAUACUUGGCAAAUAUUGCACAAUCCAGGUGUGCUAAGCUCUUAGAGACUUACCCAAGAAGACUCGCAGCUGUAGUUGUUGUCAAAUGUGUUUUCUAUGAACAAUAAAAUGUAUAAAUAUAUGUAUCUUCCACUUUUUUUAACCUUUAUUUUACUAGGCAAGUCAGUUAAGAACAAAUUCUUAUUUUCAAUGACAGCCUAGGAACAGUGGGUUAACUGCCUGUUCAGGGGCAGAACGACAGAUUUGUAUCUUGUCAGCUCAGGGGUUUGAACUUGCAACCUUCCAGUUACUAGUCCAACGCUCUAACCACUAGGCUACCCUGCCGCCCCACUUUGACAUUACAGAGUAUUUUGUGUAGAUUGGUGAGACAAUAAAAUGUGAAGAAAUCCAAGGGAUCUCAAUAUUUUUGAAAGGCACUGUAACUGGGGUAUUCUAAAAAUAAAAAUAUGGCUCAACUUCUAUUUAGUCUUAGCUAUGACAUCAACCACUUAUGUUUUGCAGGUUGUUUGACGUCAACUUUAAAUUACCAAUUUAUCCAGCCGGUUGGAAAUAGAUGCCUAUGGACAUACAAAUAACACUACAUAAAUCUUUCCGAGAUACAUGAAAGCAAUAUUGUCAGCUUUUCCUAUCAGCGAUUUUAUCAGAUUUCACUUUUUGCAAUUACGUGACACAGAUCUGAUGGUGUUUAUCAUUAUCAAAGCCGUUCAUAACAGAAUCCCACAUGUAUGAUAACUGUAUUUGUUCAAAGUAUUUUUACAACUUGCAUUUUAUACACAGAGGUUUUAGCUGGUUCCCCGCUUACAGUUUCAGGAGCACAUUUCAGAAGGCCAAAAUAUGCUCAGUUACUUUAAUAACACACACAGACACACCAGCGUAGUGGUCCUGUACUAGAAUUUAAAACCACAUCCUUACCUGAAACAAAAAUGUAUUUUGCAGAAACAUGCCCAAUUCGUCUCUUUCCCUUUUGGUAUUAUGAAGUAUUAUAAUAUAUGUCAAAUUAUGUUACUACAGUAUAUGUUGUUUGUGUACAUGUGAAUAUUUACAAUUGUAUUGCCUUUUUUGGCUCAAGCAUAUCAUCAGCACCUUGUUUGUUAUGAAGUAUAGUUUUUAAAUGAAUUCAUUUGAAAUGUUAAAUCCAUUGAUACAUAUGAAUAAUUAUCAACAUGUUUUAUUAUUCAUAUACUGUACUUUUCUGAAAUGAGGGGCACUUCAUCUUGCAUAUAACAAUUUUCUGUAAAAAAAUAUAUAUAUUUUGAAAUGUUGUAAAAUAUGUGAUAGUGGAAAUAAAUAAAAAGUAUAACUCAGUUCUACAGUCUGUAUAUACAUUUUAAAAAAUAGGGCUUUUAAUUAUUGGACAAUAGCAAAUACAUUUAUACAUGUAAAGUAUUUUUCAGAGACACUCAUUUAUCUGAUUUGAUAUACAGUACAAUGGAGCUAUUGAUAAUAAACAAUGUUGUUAUCUAAAAUACUCAUAUAAAUGAUCAAAUGUGGUGUCAGAAAUUUGCCAUUUAGCAUUUUGGUUUGUGAUUGUCUUCUUUCUCAAAACAAGAGAAGGUUUCCAUAUAAAUAUUGUCAAACAUUUUAUCAGAUAACUGCUGUAUAGAUCAAACCCAAAUACGUUAUUCUCCACCCAGCCAUGUUCAAUUGAACAAUCUUACAAUUAGAAGUGCAGAUUCAUAUCAACAUUAUAUCAAACUAUUUUAUUCAGGGUUUCAUUCACAAUAGCAUAGUAUUAUUAUUAUUUUUUUUACUUCACUUGAAAGUUAACUAAUAUUUUGCAUGUGUACACAGAGGCUUAUUGUAUGCAUGCAAUACCACUCCCCUUUAGCAUUAUGAAAACCUUUUACAAGCAUCCUUUUGUAAUGGUAAGCAGGGUCAAACUUAUGCAAUAAUGAAUAGUGCCUCCUAUCACAGCAAAUCUCUGAAAAGCAUCCACUUAAAACUAUUUCACAACUAUAUGUCAUAUUAAUUCAAAUAAUAGACCUUUGAAUUGAUACUCAGCCAGAGAAGUAUUCGUAAAAAAUAAAAGCACAUCAACUCUGAAACCAUUAUGCAAACAGGCCACCUCCCAUUUUCAGUUUAUAUUCAAUGCACUGAGCCUUACCACAUUGUUUCAAUACAGUAUCUUCAAUACAGUAGCCUUUUACAUGCUGUAUUAAUCUCCCAUGGAAGCUGAAUAUGAUUUGCAUGGAUGCAUUUUUGUGAAAACCUCACUUAAAGAAUCAUUUGGGUUUUGACCUCUCCGAUACUGGUUAUUUGUGCAAGUACUUUCAUUUUUUCAUAAACAGAUUGCAGCAUGCAAAAGCACAGAAGAGCCAUUUGAUAUAACUGAUUUUACACAGUGUUGAAUGUAUUGUGGUUCAGAGGGAAAGCUCUAUUGAAUGUGUAAAAGCCGGAAUACCAACCCUUGGGGAGCACCCUGUGAAAUAAUUUUGAUUACACUUAUAUCUGUAUGCGUUCAAUAAUAAUUUAAUUUCUGUUUAAAUUAUGUUUCUUUGAUCUGCUUUUGAAUAAUUAUUUAGUGGUGCGAAUGCCUUUGUUUCAAGCUUACUGCUAUUAUGUACAGUAAUUAUUGUUCCUGUAUUUAUGUAUAGUGCCUGUAUUGUAAAUGUAUUCAGAGCUUUUCAUUCUUACAGUAAAGUUGAGUUACUGCCUCACAAUGUUUCAAAGGGAGACCCUAGUUCAAGGAAUUCUACGAACAGAUUUGGAAUCCCAAUGUUUUUCAAAGGUAGAAAUAACAAGUGUUUUUCUCAUUCUUUCUUCUGUUCUUUCUUUUCUGUUCUUCAAAAGUUGUCUAAAUAUUUUGUCAAUAUUCUUGAUAUGGAUGGAGCUGUGAAAUGAAACUGAGUUCAAACAUAAUGUAUAUUAAUAUGAAUGGAGGCAUGAAGGUUAAUAAAGUUACAUUUUGUAUGUAA